CAAUAGGCUGUCUCUCAUAGUUAGAGGCGAUCUGUGGAUCUGGAAAGGUACAUUUCAUAAUACUGUUGCUACUGUGACUUCAUUUCUCUGUUACCAGGGAGAGGAUCAUCUCUAAGACUUCUUCAUGUAUGUACUUCUUGUGUGGCUAAGUAGUAAAGUUUAAAGCAUAGACAUCUGGCAACAAUCAGAAGAACAACAUGGGAGAAACUGAGAAAAGUGUUGCAACCCAUGGGGUCAGAUGCUUUUCCAAGAUCAAGAUGUUUCUGGUGGCAUUAACAUGGGCAUAUCUAUCCAAAGCACUAUCGGGAGCUUAUAUGGGUUCCAUGCUCACACAAAUUGAGAGACAAUUUGAUAUUCCUGCAUCUUUAAUUGGAUUUAUCAGUGGGAGCUUUGAGAUUGGAAACCUUUUGUUGAUUAUAUUUGUGAGUUAUUUCGGAACAAAACUUCACAGACCUAUCAUGAUUGGUGUUGGAUGUGCAACUAUGGGCCUAGGGUGUUUCAUAAUAUCACUACCUCAUUUCCUUAUGGGAAGAGCCUCUCCGAAGACAGCCAUGCCAGUCUUCUGUCUACAAAUACAGUCCUCCUCAAUAGUGUCAGGAGUUGGCUCUCUACCAUGGAGUGGAUCUCAGUUGGGGCUCCCUCUCUACCUGAACCCUAAAACCUCUAAGGAGCAUCAUCUAGCCAUCAUGGAAGAUUACAGAUAUGAAUAUGAAACAAUGAUUACACCUGCAAGCAACUUGUCCUCAAACAGCUUCCUGUGUAUGGAAAACAGAACCCAGACUUUAAAGCCAACGCAAGACCCAGCAGACUGUGUGAAAAAAAUUAAAUCAUUCAUGUGGAUAUAUGUAAUGGUAGGAAAUAUUAUACGUGGAAUUGGUGAAACUCCCAUCAUGCCCCUGGGUAUUUCCUACAUAGAAGAUUUUGCCAAAUCAGAAAACUCCCCUUUAUACAUUGGGAUUAUAGAAAUGGGAAAGAUGUUCGGCCCAGUAACUGGACUUCUGUUGGGAUCUUUCUUUGCAAGGAUUUAUGUAGAUAUUGGGUCUGUGGAUACAGAUGACCUGACCAUCACCCCUACUGAUACACGCUGGGUCGGUGCUUGGUGGAUUGGUUUUCUGAUCUGUGCAGGACUGAAUAUCCUGAUCAGCAUCCCGUUUUUCUUUUUGCCAAAAACACUCCCAAAGGAAGGACUAAAGGAUAAUGUGGAUGAGACUAAAAAAAACAAAGUUGUGGAUGAGACUAAAAACAACAAAGUUGAGAAAUACAGAGAAAAAUCCACAGAGGAAAAACAUGGAAUCCCAAAAGAUUUCCUGCCAUUCAUCAGGAGCCUAUUCUGCAAUAAGAUUUACAUGCUUUUCAUUUUGACAAGUGUGCUCCAGGUUAAUGCAUUUACCAAUAUGUUUAUCUUCUUUCCUAAAUAUCUGGAACAACACUAUGGAAAGUCGACUGCAGAUGCAGUCUUUCUCAUAGGUUUUUAUACCAUUCUUCCAAUAUGUGUUGGCUAUUUAGUUGGUGGCUUUUUUAUGAAGAAGUUCAAGGUUACUGUCAAGAAAGCUGCACACAUAGCAUUCUGCCUAUGUAUGACUGAAUACCUUCUAUAUUUCUGUAACUUUAUGAUGACCUGUGAUAAUUUUCCAGUCGCUGGCUUGACUACCUCUUAUGAAGGAGUUCCGCAGCCUCUUGAUGUGGAGAAUAUGGUCAUCGCUGACUGCAACACAAGGUGUAGCUGUUUAACGAAAACAUGGGAUCCGGUGUGUGGGGACAAUGGCCUAGCAUACAUGUCCGCCUGCCUUGCAGGCUGUGAGAAGUCUGUCGGAACAGGAAUCAACAUGGUGUUUCACAACUGCAGCUGCAUUCGCUCGUCUGGAAACUCAUCUGCAGUCCUCGGGCUGUGUAAGAAGGGCCGUGACUGUGCUAACAGGCUGCAGUACUAUUUAAUCAUGUCAGCAAUUAACAGUUUCAUCUUCUCACUAGGAACUAUACCUGGGUACAUGGUUCUUCUGAGGUGCAUCAAGUCUGAAGAGAAGUCACUUGGAAUUGGAUUACAUACAUUUUUCACUAGAAUAUUUGCUGGCAUUCCAGCCCCUGUUUACUUGGGUGCUUUAAUAGACAAAACAUGUUUGCACUGGGGAACUCUGAAAUGUGGUGAGCCAGGGGCGUGCAGGAUGUACGAUGUAAAUAGUUUCAGGCGCAUUUACCUUGGGGUGCCUGCAGCACUAAGAGGAUCAAGCUAUCUCCCUGCAUUCUUCAUUCUAAUGCUUGUGAGGAAGCUCCAACUCCCUGGAGAUGUUGCCUCUUUGGAAACUGAACCUGAAGAGAUGAAGCUCACAGGGAAGGAAAGCGAGUGCAUGGACGUGAACAGAAGUCCCGAGCUUGAGAGUGACAGAGAACUGAAAACGAAGCUGUAAUGAGUUUUCUACUGGCUGGCCCUAACCCAUAAAUAGAAUGUACAAUUUCACUUGUUUUGAAUCAUGAGCAAUACUGUAAGAACUAUUUUUUUUCAAGCACCUUAAAAAUAUUUACUCAUGAUAAAAGUAAUUACUGAUAACAUUUUCAGAACAUUGUGGUAGCACUUAAGAUUUUCCCAUGCAAGGCUUCUCCAGUGUCCCCACACUGAACUGUAAAGCCGCCUUCAUUUUCAAACACUAUUUUCUCUUUCAUCUCAAUCAAGGAAAGUAUGUGUUUUUGACAUAACUUCAAAUAGCUUUAAAAAUUUCUGAUUCCAGUAACAGUAUUUAAUUCUAUUAAAUUUAUGAUUUGGUAUUGGAGGUAUGUAGAGAUGAAAAUAUAUAUCUUGGUCAUGCCACAUUGAGAUAAUUAUCCUUCUUAAAUGCAAGACAUCUGCAUAUGUUUUUGUCUAUUUAGGAGUUGUUUUUUUAUUUUUUUAUUUUAUUAAUUACACUUUAUUCAUUUUAUAACCCCCCAUAAGCCCCUCCCUCCUCCCCUCCCAAUCCCACCCUCCCUCCCCUUUCUGCAUGCAUGCCACUCCCCAAGUCCACUGAUAAGGGGAGGUUCUCCUCUCCUUUCUGAUCUUAGUCUAUCAGUUCACAUCAAAAGUGGCUGCAUUGUCCUCUACUGUGGCCUGGUAAGGCUGCUCCCCACAAAGGGAGAGGUGAUCAAAGAGCAGGCCAAUCAGAUUAUCUCAGAGGCAGUCCCUCUUCACAUUACUAUGUAACACACUUGGACACUGAACUGCCAUGGGCUACAUCUGUGCAGGGGUUUUAGGUUAUCUCCAUGAAUAGUCCUUGGUUGGAGUAUGAGUCUCUGGGAAGUUCCCUGUGUUCAAAUUUCCUUGUUCUGUUGCUCUCCUUGUGGAGACCCUGUCCUCUCAAGCUCUUACUAUUUCCCACUUCUUACCUAAAAUUCCAUUCACUCUGCCCAACAGUUGCCCAUCAGGCUCAGCAUCUGCUUUGAUAGUCUGUAGGGCAGUUUUUAACUCUCUGUUUUAAUGUAGACAUGAUGCUUCCAAGACUAGACUUCUCAUUAAUGUGUCAUUUCUUGUUUUCAGUCCCUUCUUUCAUUACUCGUGCCACAGGAGUAAUUUUGUUCAGAGCACUGAUUUGUGGCACACACUCUGAUGUAUAAACCAUAGCUUCCCCGAUGAGAUGUUUUCUAUGCUUUGCUUUGUUUUUAUUUUUAUUUUUGUUUUGUGUGUGCGUGUGUGUGUGUUUUAACUUAGGGGGGAGGUUUUAGGGGCUGAGGGCUGAUAUAGAUAUGAGGGGAUGGGGAAAUGAGUGAGAUUUGGGGUGCACGAUGUGAAACUCACAAAGAAUCAAUAAAAAGUUUUUUUUUAAAUGUUGCAAA